CGGACCUCCUCCUCCAACCUCGAUCCUCCCAUUCCCCUUCAGCUCCGACGAUGCCCUAGCCCGUCGCCUCGCCGGAGUUCCGCCGGACCGCCUCUCGCCAGACUUCUCCGUCAAGCUCGCCUUCCUCAACCUGCUGCCGCCGCUUAUCUCGCCUAUAUUUUUUGUAAAGCUGCCAUUUUUACUGCCUCCCCUGUUAAUUACUAUUGCUUAUUCUCCCAGGUUGUUACAUUUAGUCGCUGGAUCUAGGAUCGAUUGAGCGAAUUGGUUUUGAAUUCCGGCUCUAAGAUUGUUUAUGUAGAUGAAAAGGUUUGGUUAUCGUUGGGAGUGUUCUUAGACAUUAGAUCGCAAGCACAUUCCUCCUAAAAUAGAAGGCGAGGAUUCCAGUUAAUUUAUAUAUUAUAAGAUGGAUCCGCUGAAAACUUACUUGGGGAGGCUGGUAUUAGAAGAACUAACUCCGGUGGUCAUGGUUCUCACAACUCCUCUUGUCGAAGAUUCUUGCCGCAAGAACGGGCUCGGUUUCGUCGACAUGCUCCUCCCAUUCUCUGUUUUCAAGAAAUUUGAUGUGCCUGUUCGUACCGUAAAUGACCAACCUUAUAGGUUACAGAUGUUCAAGCUACGAAUGGUUUAUGCUUCUGAUGUGCGGCAACCAAACUACGAGGCUGCAAAAGAGCAUUUGAAGCAGGUUGUUCAUGACUCUGGUGAAAAGGCUCUUUCUGAUUUGCUUUCCGACCCUCCACAACUUGAAACUGUACUUAGCAAUUCAGAAUCUGAUUUAUGCCCACAAUGGAUUCAAACAUUCAAUAAAGAACUUAUACGGACUCUGUCCUUUUCGGAGCAUGAGACUUUUGACCACCCUGUUGCAUGCCUUUUAGUUGUUUCAUCGAAGGAUGAACAGCCCAUCAAUAAAUUUGUCGAUAUUUUCAACACAAAUCAGUUGCCUUCUCUUCUCAAUGAUGGUCUCAUGGAUCCAAAGAUAUUGAAGCACUAUGUUCUUCUGCAUGAUAAUCAAGAUAGCUCACCAGAGAAGGCAACCCACAUUUUAGCAGAAAUGAGGAACACUUUCGGUCCAAAUGACUGUAAAUUGUUGUGCAUUAAUUCUGCCACAGAAGAUGUUAAUAACAAGGGAUUUUCAUCAGUACCUUAUAAAACUCAUGGCUUCCUUGGAGAAGACAUUGCCCGGUGCCUUAACUUGGAAGAUCUCAAAUCGAUAAAGGACUUCAUGCAAGAUCUUAAUUCUAACCAUAUCAUCCCAUUUAUGGAGCAGAAGAUACGCAUCCUCAAUCAGCAGGUAGCUACAACCAGGAAAGGUUUUAGAAACCAAAUAAAGAACUUGUGGUGGCGAAAAGGAAAAGAUGAUUUGCCUGAAGACCCUAGUGGUUCUACGUAUACAUUUAGCUCAAUAGAGACCCAGAUUAGAAUAUUGGGUGAUUAUGCCUUCAUACUGCAAGACUAUGAACUUGCUUUGUCAAAUUACCGGUUACUAUCCACAGACUACAAGCUCGAUAAAGCUUGGAAACGCUAUGCUGGCGUGCAGGAAAUGAGUGGACUUUGUUACUUCAUGCUGGAUCAAUCAAGAAAGGAAGCAGAGUACUGCAUGGAAAAUGCUUUCAGUACAUAUUUGAGAGUUGGUUCAUCAGGUCAGAGAUAUGCUAGCAGAUGUGGCCUCUGGUGGGCAGAGAUGCUCAAGGCUAGGGCACAAUAUAGGGAGGCAUCCGGUGUUUAUUUCCGUAUUUCGAUCGAGGAACCUUCUUUGCAUGCUGCCGUAAUGCUUGAGCAAGCAGCAGGCUGCUAUUUGUUAUCCAAACCACCUCUAUUGCGGAAGUAUGGGUUCCAUCUCAUUCUAGCUGGCAAUCGCUAUUAUAUCUCUGAUCAGAUAAAACAUGCUAUUCGAGCGUAUAGAAAUGCUCUCUUUGUGUACAGCGAAAAUGCCUGGAGUUACAUAAAUGAUCAUGUUCAUUUUAAUGUCGGAAGGUGGUACGGAUUUCUUGGGAUGUUUGAUGUGGCAAUCAACCACAUGUUAGAGGUUCUGGCAUGUGGUCAUCAGUCAUUGGCAACACAAAGCACUUUCCUUAAUGACUUCUUCCAUUUUGUUCAGAGACUGGGAAAGAGUUUUGAUGUAUGUAAGCUUCAACUUCCUGUUAUCAACUUAUUUUCGCUCAAAAUUGUCUAUGAAGAUCAUCGGACUUAUGCAUCUACUGCUGAUGUUGAUGUCACCGAGAGUUUGUGGCAAGCCUUGGAAGAAGAAAUGGUUCCAGUGUCUACUGUCAGGGCCAACUGGCUUGAUUCACAACCAAAAUCCUCCUCCAGAAAAGACGAUGACUUUUCUAUUUGUGUGGCUGGAGAAGCAGUAAAAGUGGAGGUUGAGCUUAAAAAUCCUUUGCAGAUUUCAAUAUCUGUUUCUUCCAUUUCUCUUAUCUGUGAGCUCUCUGCAAGUUCUGAGGCAUCAACUAUUGACCGAAGUGUGUCAUCUGCUGAAGUUCAAGAAGAUACAAAUUUGAUGAAGACAUCCUUUUGUAGCGAUCAAAAAGGUGAAAACAGUUCCUUUACUUUAUCAAAGAUUGAUGUCGAAUUAGGAGGAGGUGAAACCAAGAGGGUACAACUUGAAGUUACUCCGAAAGUGGAAGGUGUUCUAAAAUUAGUUGGGUUGAGGUGGACUCUAUCAGAUUCGGUGGUCGGUUAUCAACACUUUGAGACUGAUGCAAAGAAGAAACACAAGAAAGGGAAGAGAUCAAAGCAUUCUUGGAAGAGUAGCCUGAAUUUAAUUGUGAUAAAGGGCAUACCAAAACUUGAGGGACGUGUUGAUGGUUUUCCAACAAAAACAUUUGCGGGUGACUUACGGCUUCUCAUGCUGAGUCUGAGAAACCAUUCAGAAUAUUCUCUGAAGAACAUCAGGAUGAAAGUAAGUCAUCCGAGAUUCUUGAUUCCCGCUAAUUCUGCGGACAUUCAUGAGGAUUUUCCUCAAUGCUUAGAAAAGCAGAGACAAAUGGAAAACAAGGAUGCGUCAGGAAAUGCUAAAAAUUUAUCCAGGAGUGCCUUCUUUUCAUUUCCAAAUGAUGUUACUAUUCGAGGCGGCGAAACAUUCUCAUGGCCUCUUUGGUUUCAUUCUGGGUCUUCUGGAAAUAUAUCUCUUUAUAUGUCAAUAUACUAUGAAAUGGAAGGUGGUUCUAGUGACAUGACAUACCGUACACUGCGCAUGAAUUACAAUUUGGAGGUUUUGCCGUCAUUAGAUAUUUCAUUCCUGAUCAGCCCAUGGCCGUCAAGGUUACAAGAGUAUUUUGUGCGUAUGGACGUUGUUAAUAGAACCAUUUCGGAGACAUUCUUACUGCAUCAAUUGUCAUGUGUUGGCAAUCAGUUGGUGAUAUCAGCAUUACCUUCCUGCAAUUCUAUCUGCUCCAUGCAAGAAAUAUUUGCGGGCCAGACAUUAUCAUGCUUCUUUAAGCUAAAGGUCCUAAUGACAGGUGAAAAGAAUGAGGAGUCUGUCCAAGGAAGUGAUAUGCUGUUGUCGUCUGCGAUCAGCAACGAUAUGCUACUAGAUGUAUCAAGGUCACCUUUGUCUGAUUUUCAUUAUCAAGAAAGGUAUCACCAGGGAAAGUUAGUGAAGGGAUAUCAGAGCCUUCUUGAUUUCAUCAUGAUUUCAAAGAUGGUAAGUAGUAACUUGGAUUCAGAGGAAGGACCAAACCAGCUGCUGCUAUCUAACCAUGCAUGCCAUUGCAGUAUCAGCAGGACUAGCCCAAUUUGGUGGCUAAUGGAUGGACCUCGAACAAUUUAUCAUGAAUUUUCAAGUUCUUUUUGCGAGAUUGAUCUGCAGUUGACGAUCCACAACUGUUCUAAUAGUCUCGUCUCUAUCCGAGUUGCAACAUUUGACAGCAUGCUAGAGACGACCCAAUCCAGUGAUGCAGUUCAUCUCUCUGAUAAUUCUAACGAUCAGGGAGGAUGGUAUGAUGUUUCUUUAACAAAUGACAUUAAGCUUAUUUCUAAUGUCCAAGGGAGCCGUUCUCAAAAGCGAUUAAGUGAAAGCACUCCCCCUUUUGUUUGGAGCGCAUUAAGUUCCACUCAACUUGCUAUGGAGCCAGCAUCUACAGCCAAACUACCUCUCAAAAUCUUUGUAUUCUCACCUGGAACAUAUAAUUUAUCAAAUUAUGAAUUGCAUUGGAAAAUACAACCACAGGGGGAAGGAAUAACUGAUGAAGUGAAAAAUAAGUCGUCUUCAGGCUUGGGACAAGGGCACCCAUUUUAUCUUACUGUUCUGCAGGCUCCUUAAUGAGACCCUAAAGCUGCUUCAGAUCUUACUUCAAAAUUUUUUCAUAUGGGAGGUUUUGUCUUAUGUGAUUGUUGUAUAUUAUGGGCAAAUAUGACAGGAAAGAGAAAUAUAUCUUCAGCUAUUGGCGAAAUUUUGCUCCCAGGUACAGGUACCAUUAGCUCAGCUUCUUGUGUUAUUUUCAAAGUUAACACCUUGUUUAAUCAGGCAUUAGCUAUUGGUUCAACUAUACUUUAGGUCCCUUUUUUUUUUUUGGUCCGGGGCUCAAUGGGACAGGACUUUUAUUCCGUGUUUGUGCUGAAAAAUAGCCAUAUAACAAUCCACUGUUUAUGUUCUGUAUCUAGCGAUCAUUCCAUCUAAAUUUUUUUUCACAGAAAUCGUGAUAUGUUACCUUCAUUGAAUCAUUGAUCAACUGUGUAGUGCUCACAAAACUGCUAAUGUAAGCGUUAUUGGUGAAGGAUUAAAUUUAUUUGGCCAUUUUUUCUA